CGAGGCCGGUGUGGCCCGGCCCCCACCGACCUCGGACCGGACCCCCGGCGCCCAGCCUCCUCCCCGCCCCCUUCCCCCGGGACGGGUGCCCGACACCAACUUCUGCUCGCGAACUCCGUUCUGCCCCUUUCUUGGCCCAGGGCGACCUCGGCAGCCCUGACAGCGACAGGCCCGCCGCCGCAGUGCCCAGAAAGGCCCCCCGGGUGGCCCGGCGCCUCCCCGGCUCUUUCUGGAUGGAGGCGCCUCAGGAAGGAGCCGGCUGACGCUUCGGCCUUGGCUGCCCAGCCCCUGCUGACCAUGAACACACCUCCCCUAGUGCAGAGGCCGCGGUGAGGGGCAGGAAAUGCUGCGCCAGCUGGCUCCCCGGGGUCUUGGUCUGAGCGCUAGGAUGGAGCUGGGGCCAGCGACUGAGACCUUCGUGCUGGAGCUUCGGUGUCUCGAAGAUGGGGGCCCUGGGCCUGGCACCCUCUCAGGUGGCAGCGGUGGGAGUGAGAGUCAGGAGGAAGAAGAGGCUCAGGAGAACGGCAGCCCACCGCGGCCGGCAAGCUCAGCCCCGACGGGGGCCGGUGAAAUGGCUGAGGAAGCACAGCAGGGGCAGCCGGAGUUGCAACCACAACAGUCACAACAGCAACCAGCGCUGCAACAACAGCCACGGCAGGAGCGGCGACCGCAAAGCCGAGCCCCAGGACCGCGGCAACAGCGGCAAGCUGACCGAGAAUGGCUGCCUCGACAAGAGAAGCACCUGCGGGAAAACCCCCCACCUGCGCCACCUCAGCAGCUGAAAGCACAGCUGCCGCCGAUGCCGCCGCAGGAACAAUCAGAGGAGCAGCAAGUGCCAGAGCAACACGUGUCGCAGCCACCGCAGAAACCGUUACCACAGCACCAACAGUUACAGAAGCGGCAGCCACAGAAGCAGUUAAGGCAGCGGGAACCGUGGCAGCAGGAGCAGCAGCAGCAGGGACAGUCAGGGCAGCAGCAGGAGGAGGAACAAUUCCAGCAACAGCAGCAGCAGCAGCAGCAGGAACAGUUACAGCAACAGCAGCACCUGCAGCAGCAACAGUUACGGCGGCAGCAACAGUUACAGCGGCAGCAGCAGCAGCAGGAACUGUUACAACAGCAGCACCUGCAGCAGCAACAGUUGCAGCAGCAGCAGCAGCAGCAGCAGCAGCAGCAGGAACUGUUACAGCAGCAGCACCUGCAGCAGCAACAGUUGCAGCAGCAGCAGCAGCAGCAGCAGCAGCAGCAGCAGCAGCAGCAGCAGGAACUGUUACAGCAGCAGCACCUGCAGCAGCAACAGUUACAGCAGCAGCAGCAGCCGCAACAGCUGCAGCAACAGGAACAGCUACAACAGCAGCAGCAGCCCCCUCUGCUGGAGCCAGACGAGGAGGAAGAGGUAGAGCUGGAGCUCCUGCCAGUUGACCUGGGGUCGGAUCAGGAACUGGAGAGGCAGCGGCAGGAGCUGGAGAGACAACAGGAACAGCGGCAGCUGCAGCUCAAACUGCAGGAGCAGCUGCAGCAGCUGGAGCAGCAGCUGGAGCAGCAGCAGCAGGAGGUGCGGCUGGAGCUGACCCCGGUGGAGCUGGGAGCCCCGCAGCAGGAGGUGCGGCUGGAGCUGACCCCCGUGCAGCCGGAGCUGCAGCUGGAGCUGGUGCCCGCCGCAGGGGGCGGCGGGGCUUCGGCCCCGGGGGCUCCGGCCGCCGUCGUGGUGGCCCCCCCGGGCUACGUGGUGCUGCAGGAGCUCAUGGUGCUGCCGGCCGUGGCCGCGCCGGCGGUGGUGGCCAUCCCGGGCCCCGCGGGCAGCGCCGCCCUGACCCCGGCCAGGCAGCGGCGGCGGCGGCGCGCCCGGGACCGGCCGACCAUCUGCGGGGAGUGCGGCAAGGGCUUCGGCCGCAGCACGGACCUGGUGCGGCACCAGGCCACGCACACGGGCGAGCGGCCGCACCGCUGCGGCGAGUGCGGGAAGGGCUUCUCGCAGCACUCCAACCUGGUGACGCACCAGCGCAUCCACACGGGCGAGAAGCCCUACGCCUGCUCCUACUGCGCCAAGCGCUUCAGCGAGAGCUCGGCGCUCGUGCAGCACCAGCGCACGCACACGGGCGAGCGGCCCUACGCCUGCGGCGACUGCGGCAAGCGCUUCAGCGUCUCGUCCAACCUGCUGCGCCACCGGCGCACGCACUCGGGCGAGCGGCCCUACGUCUGCGAGGACUGCGGCGAGCGCUUCCGGCACAAGGUGCAGAUCCGCCGCCACGAGCGCCAGCUGCACGGCGCCGGCCGAUCGCGGGGCCUGGGCCUGCUCCGCAGCACGCGCGCGGCCACCGGCGGCCCCGCGCGCCCCGAGCAGGCGGCGGGGGCCGCGGACAAGGCGCCGUGA